AUGACUGCAGUCAGGACCUUGCUGGCGUUUUCUGCCUGCGUAGUGGCCGUUUACGGAGCGCUACCCAAAGCACAGCCCGUUCUGCAACUUCCCUCAUAUGUUGGAAAGGGAUGCUCCAGAAAUGAUCCCAAUAUCAAUGAGUGUGUCAUCAGAGUGGGUGCACCUGCCAUCAAAAAAGUUACUCAGGGUGAUCCUAAAUACCGAAUCCCCAAAUUGGACCCAUUAGUGGUUGAUGAGAUUAAAGUACAGCAGGGCACAAGGCAAGUGGGACUGUCCCUUAGCUGCAAAAAGUGCCUCCUUCAUGGCCUUCAAAACACUAAAUUUAUCCGAGCAAAGGUUGAUUGGGACAAGCGAACCUGUGAUUGGUUCCUGACCCUUGACAAGAUGAGGAUCAAUGGUAAAUACAAUGUUUCUGGUCAAGUUCUUCUCCUUCCCAUAGUUGGCAAUGGAGACAUGGAAAUGGAAUUGCGAGACCUGAAGUUCGAGUACAAAUAUGAUUGGUAUUAUGAGAAGAAGGAUAAUGGUCUGGUCUAUGUUGUUAUUGACAACAGCACAUUCCCAUUUGAUGUUAAUUUUAUGACUAUUUCUUUGGAAAACCUGUUUAACGGAGAUAAGCUUCUAGGAGGAAACAUGAACACAUUCUUGAAUGAAAACUGGAGAGAAAUCCUUAAAGAUUUACGUCCUGCACUUAGCAAGAGUCUUGCUGCACUUACCAAGUCUAUUCUUCAAAAUAUGGCUAAUGUUGUACCAUAUGAUGUAAUGUUCCCUGAGAAAUAUCCUCUGUAA